CUAAAUUUCAGUUCUCAGCGCCGUCCUGCAGGAAACACACUAUCUGAGCGUUUCAGGUGAUUAUUUCAGGUGUCAUUAUUAAAAAGCUAAACUGACGAUAUUCAGCUCAUGAUUUUGGAGAUUUGAAGCUCAGAGUGGCUCCUUGACUGUGAGCAUGGGCGGCGUUUCCCGUCUGUGCGCGUCCAGAGGAAAGAAACAGAAAAGCUUCCAUAUGGGGGGAGAGAGCUCCAUGCAGACUCAGGAAAUAAGCCGACUGCAUGCAUGAAUCCAUCCUCACUGUUGCAGGUUUAAUCAGCGAUUAUAGCAAACUCAAAGAUCACCGGGAUGUGGUGGAGCAUCCGGAGCUAAGUGAUCCAUGAGCCCGGGCAGCAAGCCUCUCCACCGGGGCUGGAGAAGGGCCAGCGGGUCGGGUCAGGUUCCGCCGCUGGAGGACUAAAUGAAAGUGGAUACUUUGAAUCUGCAUAUCCGCCCGGGAUCGAACAUGAUGUGCGGACUAAUGGUGGAUCAAAGCGACCCCUUUCAGCUGGCUGGCUUCAGGUUAGGCUGCUGACUCCUAAAUGUCCCGCCUCCCUUUAGGUGAGACAGAGGCGCACAAACACUCUGACCUCCGCCGGUGUCCACCGACAUGGAUAAACUCACCGUGAUAUCAGGAUGCCUCUUCCUCGCUGCAGACAUCUUCGCCAUCGCCAGCAUCGCCAACCCGGACUGGAUCAGCACCGGAGAAUCCGCCGGCUCUCUGACUGUGGGCCUGGUCCGGCAGUGCCAGACGAUCCACGGACGAGACCGGACCUGCAUCCCCCCGCAGCUGCCCCCAGAGUGGAUCACCACGCUCUUCUUCAUAAUCAUGGGCAUCAUCUCCCUCACCGUCACCUGUGGUCUGCUGGUGAUGUCACGCUGGCGCCGCGAGGCUGCCCGAUACGCCCGAUGGAUUGCCUUCACAGGGAUGGUCCUGUUCUGCAUGGCUGCCCUCAUAUUCCCUAUCGGCUUCUACAUCAAUGAGGUUGGAGGACAGCCAUAUAAGCUCCCCAACAACACAGUGGUGGGCUCCUCUUAUGUACUCUUCGUCCUGUCCAUAUUCUUCACCAUAGUGGGACUGCUGUUUGCUGGGAAGGUAUGUCUGCCUGGCUGACAAUCUCUUCAUCUCAUGUUAUAUCUUUGAAAAAAAAAACAAAACACCACCACUGGAGGCAAAUUUUGUGACUCCUCUGUGGCAGUGUUGAAAGUAUCGCUGAAUAAAACUGAGAAGCACCUGUUUGUCGUUUUGGACAAAUUGUCACAAUGCUUUUAUAUGGAGCCGAAAUCCUCGUGUUCCAUCCAUCUGUUUGUUGAGAGACUGAGCAGG